UCAUACGGGCUGCGCUACAAUUUUUCAGUCUGCUGUGAUUUAAGGUGUAUAAAACGUUUUCUCAUACAUUUAUUUUUUCAUAUUUUCUUAUGUUGAAUCAUACUGGUGAAGGUGCGGGUGAGGAUAUUUCUAGAUUUAAGAUACUUUGACAGCACGAGUGACGAAUUCAUUUUCGCUAGGAAGAACUAAAGCGAAACAAACAGGUGUAACAAAUUCUGACAGCUGAACUGAUGGAGUUUGUUAAAGAGGAGAGUGAAAACAUGAGUGAUCCAGAGCGACACAGAGUGAAAAAUGAAGAUAAUGAGGAACAAAGAGACCUAAUGGACGUGAAAGGGGAAAGCCAAGAACUGAAUGAAGUGGAGGAGAGACAUCAGUAUCAGGAACCUCAAAGUUUUUUAACUGAAGGAAAAAAAUGUUUUAGUUGCCCACAGAGUGAAAAUAAUUUGUUACAAGUCAAAAAUUCUUUAACCUGCUUUCAGUGUGGAAAGAGUUUUACACGUAAAGAGAACCUUACAGUUCACAUAAGGAUUCACACUGAAGAGAAGCCUUUCACAUGCCUCCAGUGUGGAAUUAGUUUCAGACAUAAAGUAACCCUUAAUAGGCACAUAAGAAUUCACACUGGAGAGAGACCGUUUAUAUGUCCCCAGUGUGGAAAGAGUUUCACAUGUCCAAAAAGUCUCAAAUAUCAUUUGCACUCUCUACACACUGGAGUAAAGUCAUUGAACUGUGAUCAGUGUGAUAAAAAAUUUGUUAUGGCAUCAGACCUAAAGAAACACAUGAAAGUUCAUACAAAUGAGAAGCCUUACAUGUGUUCUUGUGGAAAGAGUUUUUCAUGGUUGAACUGUUUUAAAGAGCACCAAAAAAUGCAUGCCGGUGUGAAAUCUUAUAUGUGCUUUGAGUGUGGGAAAACCUUUACUAGGGCCAGCAGUCUCAAGAUGCACCAAAGAAUCCACACAGGAGAAAAACCUUUCAAGUGUUCACAUUGUGGAAAGAGUUACACUGCUUUAGGAUCCCUCAAAACCCAUGAGCGAGUUCAUACUGGAGAGAAGCCAUAUGAGUGAAUUUCAUGUGAGAAGAGUUUCAGCCAAUCAAGGAAUCGUAAAAAAAAUAUGAAAGUUGUCACAGUGAGCAAAGUUCUUCAGAUGCGAUACAUAGUAAGUAGAUGGUAUAACAUUUUGAAAAAUGCAAAGAUAGUAUUUAGUAGCAUAACUAGGAUAUUAUGGGCCCUAGUGCAAAAACACUUGAUGGUUCCUCGCAUAUUAGGAAAAAUGUUUAAGAGCCCAAUAUUUGUAACCUGAGUUAUAUAUAUAUAUAUAUAUA